CAACCACAACCACAAACGCCACCGCCACCUUCUUCUUCAACGUUUCCUCUCUCUCUCUCUCAACAAUGGCUGAAAACUUUCCAAUUAUAGCAUAUUUCAUGGUUAUAAUAUUUAUAUAUAUAAGCCCUUUGAUGUCAAAGCAGCCACCAAAGCUGGAGACAAAUUUUCUCCCACCCAACCUUCAAAACCUUUCUAUCGCAAAAACGCUUCGUGAUGACCCUGAUGCCAUUAAAUUAGCCUCUAGCGAUUACGGCAAUAUUGUUCAAGAGAUCCCGGCGGCUGUUCUUUACCCAUCUUCCAAAAACGAUAUUGCAAGCUUGAUAAAAUUUGCGCACAGUAGCUCUUCUCCUUUUAAUAUAGCUGCUAGAGGCCAGGGCCAUUCUGUUCGAGGACAGGCAAUGGCUCGUAAUGGGGUCGUGGUCAAUAUGACGUCUUUGGAAGAUCGUAUAAAUGGGUCUGGAAUAGUAGUCUCGAGAAGCCCUUCGUUGGGCUUCUAUGCUGACGUGGGAGGUGGGCAGCUUUGGGGCGAUGUGUUGCAUGCAACACUAGAGCGUGGACUUUCACCGGUGUCGUGGACUGACUAUUUGUACCUAACUGUUGGGGGCACGCUAUCCAAUGCCGGGAUUGGUGGGGAAACCUUCCGUUUCGGUCCUCAGAUCAGCAACGUGUUUGAAAUGGAUGUUAUCACUGGAACGGGGGAUUUUGUUUCUUGCUCCCCAGAAAAGAAUAUGAAUCUCUUUCAUGCAGUUCUUGGAGGUUUUGGCCAAUUUGGGAUUAUAACGAGAGCGAGAAUCGCCUUGGAGCCAGCACCAAAGAGGGUCAAAUGGGUUCGAAUGCUUUACAAUGACUUCACUGCAUUUGCUAGAGACCAAGAACAUUUGAUUUCAAUCAAUGGAAGGAAGCAAAACAAUGCACUUGAUUACCUGGAAGGUUUACUUCUCAUGAAUCAGGGUUCUCUGGGCUCUCCGCAUGAUUGGAGAUUGUCCUUUUUUCCAUCAAAUGAUCACUCCAGAAUUCUCUCUAUAAUUAAAAAAUAUGGAAUUAUCUAUUGUCUGGAAGUAGCCAAAUAUUAUGAUGAUCACACUCUUGAGUCCGCGGACGAGGAACUUCAAGUUUUAUUCAAAGGGUUGAGCUUUAUCACAGGAUUUACGUUUGAGAAAGACGUUUCAUAUGUAGAUUUUGUUAAUAGAACUGGAAAAAUGGAAGAUGACUCAAAGCUCACUCAUCCUGACGGAGUCGGUCCUACGUCACAUCCGUGGCUAAAUCUCUUUGUACCAAAAUCUCAAAUCUCAGGUUUCAAUUCUGGUGUUUUCAAGGAUAUUGUUCUGAAACGGAAUAUUACCACAGGACUUGUUCUUUUUUACCCCAUGAACCGAAACAAGUGGGAUGAUAGGAUGUCUGCGGUUAUACCUGAUGAAGAUGUUUUCUACACCAUAGGUUUUUUGCAUUCAAGUGGGUUUGAUGAGUGGGAAGCCUAUGAUGCACAAAACAAAGACAUACUGCAGUUUUGUUAUAAUGCUGGUAUUGAGGUUAAGCAGUAUCUUCCUAAUUACAAGACAAAGGAAGAGUGGAAAAAUCAUUUUGGCAUGAAGUGGAGAACUUUUCAAGAGAGAAAAGCUUUGUUUGACCCGAAAAUGAUACUGUCACCAGGACAAAGAAUUUUCAAUGACAACUAAAAAAUAAAUACAUGGGAUUGGAGGAAAUGUAGGAAAAAAAAAAAAAAUUAAGGUUAUCCUGUUUUUUCUUUUGCAGUAUGAAUUUUAGAUUUAUGUACGUGUCUCGUACUAUUUAUGU